AAAACCCUAGAUCCGACGAUUUUAAACACCCUAUAAAAUCCACCAUAAACUAAAAUCCGUUGUUCGCACCUUCGUUGAUAUCCCUUCCGCCUCUCUAGUUCCGACACUCUCACACACCCACAGCAAAAAAUGCCGUUCAAGAGGUACGUUGAGAUCGGGAGAGUGGCUCUCGUCAACUACGGCAAAGACUACGGCAAGUUGGUUGUCAUUGUUGAUGUCGUUGACCAGAACAGAGCCCUUGUUGAUGCCCCAGAUAUGGUCAGAGGCCAAAUGAACUUCAAGAGGCUUACAUUGACCGAUAUAACAAUUGACAUUCCCCGAGUUCCUAAGAAGAAAACAUUGAUUGAAGCUAUGGAGAAGGCUGAUGUUAAGAACAAGUGGGAGAAUAGCUCAUGGGGUAGAAAGUUGAUCGUCCAGAAGAGAAGGGCAUCUCUUAACGACUUUGAUAGGUUCAAGCUUAUGUUAGCAAAGAUCAAGAAGGCUGGAAUCGUCAGGCAAGAACUUGCUAAGCUUAAAAAGGAGAAUGCAUCUUGAAGUGAUACUUAAUUUUUGCUACUUUUUCAUCAAUAUUCCUUGAGCUGUCUCGGAAGUGGAUUUCAAUUUUCUGUUAAAUGAAUAAGAUCAGUUGAGGACACCUUGUUUUUUAAAUGACAGAUUUUGUAUCGAGUUUAUUGCUA